AUGGACAUGUUCGACCCUUUAACAGAAGUCGAUGUGUUCGGAGAAGCUAGUCGCAGGACGGAAACAGUCCCCGCUGCUGAGGACGUAUCUCCCCUCAGUCAGGACCAGAAACCAAGGAGUGAACAAUCCGAGGGGAGCUGGAGAGCGCACAUCAACGCCGUCCGCAAUACCGUGGAGCAAGGCGUCUUCUCUGCCAUCAUCCUUGAAGACAACCUCGAUUGGGACAUCCGGCUAAGAGAGCAAAUGCAUACCUUCGCCCUCUCGACACGAACGCUCACGCAACCGCUCGCCCUCGCAGCCCUCACAGAUAAUACCAAACCUACAUACGCCGAUGCAUCCUUCCCGGACCCAUCGCUCAGCGAUAAGGUAACCGAAAUGCCCUUUGUGGGCCAUCCAGCCACGAUACAACCUUCCAACUCUGCUUAUGGCGACGACUGGGAUGUACUCUGGCUAGGACACUGCGGGAUGCAGAUGCCCACACAGAGAACGCCUAACCUUGCAAAGGGCAGGGUCGUCUUCACGCCAGAUCCAUUCGUCGCGGGCCAUGACACCGUCAGCAUCGAUAGCAAAGAGAGCAACAACUACCCCAACCAGACACGCGUGUUCCACCACACCUACGCGCCCGAAUGCAGUCUAGCAUACGCCGUCUCCCAGCGCGGCGCCCGACGCAUACUGUACGAAGCCUCGCAGCGCAAUGCUACCGAGGAGUUCGACGGCUUGCUACGAGACUUGUGCGAUGGCGGGUCAGACAGCGCGACGAAGUUGAUCUGCGUUACCACGCAGCCUAGUUUGUUUUCGCGAUGGCAGGACGGACGCAGCGAUCAUGUGCGAUGGAGCGUGAGGAUGAAUAUGGAGAAGUAUGUACGAGGCGAUGAGAGGGAAUGGAUUGAUCAGUAUCCUGAGUAG